AUUCUAUAACUUGGCUUCCGGCAAUCCACCGUUCGCUCACAAGUAGAAAAUUGUUACGAAGAUGUCCGGCGGACAGAGGCUGACAGACGUUCCCGGCGAGCCGACGAAGACGUCGACGGCGCUGGUGGAGAAGGCGACGGCGACGAUCCAAGGGUUCGGGGCGGUGAACAAGAUCCACCAGCACCUGUGCGCGUUCCACUUCUACGCGGACGACAUGACCCGGCAGGUGGAGGCCCACCACUACUGCGCCCACCAGAACGAGGACUUCCGGCAGUGCCUCAUCUACGACCGCCCCGACGAGGACGCCCGCCUCAUCGGCCUCGAGUACGUCGUCUCGGAGGAGCUCUUCCUCACCCUGCCCGACGACGAGAAGCGCUUCUGGCACUCGCACGAAUAUGAGGUCAAGAGCGGCGUGCUCUUCAUGCCGGGAGUUCCCGGCCCCAUCCAGCGCCAGGACCUCGCCAAGGUCUGCAAGACCUACGGCAAGGUCUUCCAUUUCUGGCAGGUCGACGCCGGCGACAGCCUCCCGCUCGGCCUCCCGCAGCUCAUGAUGGCGCUCACCCGCGACGGCCAGCUCUACAACCACUUGGCUCAGGAUGUGGAGAAGCGUUACGGGGUGUCGUUGGAGAAGGAGAGGGAGAAUAGGAAGGAUAUGAAGGGGCCGGCGCAGGGGAUACAUCCGAUGGCGAACGGUGCCGGGAAGGGGCUGCAGACGGUGCUCAGGGAGGUCGAUUGCAAGGCCGUAGAUUGAUUAGUUAAUACUUAAUAAUAAUUAUUAGUUAAAUGAUCAUUAUCGUCGCCGGCGGUCGCGGCUAGGAUGGAUAGGGUUUAAUUUUCGUAUGUGUACUGUACGCGCUUUUUGAGGCUCUGUAAUAUAAAUACAGAUAUGUCUUCCCUUUUUGAAA